UUUGUUGUAGGCUUCUACUGGGUUUCCUACAGAAUCACUAAGUGUGGAAAUGGAGCCGAGCUGGAGUACGUUUCUCUUCCAACAGGCCAAUGAAGCCCUCCACCACCAGCAUCAGGUGGCCCAGAAUAGCCUGCUGCCACUUCUAAAUGCUGGAGCUGAGCAAGUUGACCAGAAGCCUAUCCUGCCUAUCCAAAUAGACCAGAAGCCUCCUGUCAGUGCUGCUGAACUCCUGAAAGACAAUGUGGCAAGCGGAGGAGGCCAACGGCCACCAGUGCCUGUGAUAAAGAAGGAACACAAAGGCAAAACACCUUUUGUGUGUGGCUACUGCAACAAGGCCUUUCGAGACAGUUACCAUCUAAGACGCCACGAGUCCAGCCACACCGGUAUCAAGAUGGUGUCACGUCCAAAGAAGACAGCCCAAACAGCUCCCACCAUGGUACCUAUGAUUGCAUCCAUGCCGCGAGAGAACAAUGGCAACCCAUCCUACAUCUCCACAGUAGCAGGCAUCCUCUCUACGGCGACCACUUCGGUUUCUUCGGGCACAAGUAUCAUGACGUCGUCCGCAAUGGGCAAUGUGCCGCAGCAAAAUGUCCCGAAGAAACCGCCAAAGCCUGUCAAGAAAAACCAUGGGUGUGAGAUGUGUGGCAAGGCCUUCCGUGAUGUCUACCACCUGAAUCGCCACAAGCUUUCCCAUUCAGACGAGAAGCCCUUCGAGUGCCCCAUCUGCCAGCAGCGCUUUAAAAGAAAGGACCGAAUGACCUACCAUGUUCGCUCUCAUGACGGAGGGGUCCACAAGCCCUAUGUGUGUUCUGUGUGUGGAAAAGGCUUCUCCAGGCCGGACCACUUGAGCUGCCAUGUGAAGCAUGUGCACUCCUCAGAAAGACCGUUCAAAUGUCAAGUAACGGCCUGUACCUCUGCUUUUGCCACCAAAGACAGACUCCGCUCCCACAUGAUCCGGCAUGAAGGCAAGGUGACCUGCAGCAUCUGCGGGAAGAUGCUCAGUGCAGCUUACAUCACCAGUCAUUUGAAGACUCAUGGACAGACCAACUUUAACUCCUGUAACAAAGAGGGUAAUGAAGGCUGCAACUCUGCCUCGGCUACAUCUGUGACCAUUUCUGCCCCCAUCACCUCAGCGAUGAACCGGGGCAACACGAACAACAACAACAACCCUGUCACUAUAGCCGCACAAAUGAACAUUGGCACCAACACGGUCAACAUCACGUCCCCCGUCAGCCUCCAGCACCCAGUCACCCUCACCAGCCCCGUCAACAUUGCGUCUGUGAACAUCCCUGCCUCAGCUUCCAUGAAUAUUGCCCACCCAGUGGCGAUAACGACCCCGAUGCCUAUGAAUAUAGCCGGUCCACUAAACAUCGCGAUGAGGCCAAUGGAUAGCAUGCCUUUUCUGUCCCAAGUCUUGCCUUCUUCCCCUCCUUGGGAGAUGUGGAAUGGACUGAAGCAAUAACCAUGAAUUGCUGUUUCUGGCGUUUUACAAGAUCUCUCCCGAGGCCGCUGGGCGUUUUGUUUGUAUGUAGGUUGUUUUUGUUCGUUUUUCCCAUUUGUUUUUGUUUUUUUAAUACUAUAGCCUGCUAAUCACUAUUUAAUGUUAUAGGAAAUGAAUUUAGUAAAAG